UACCCCGGCAAUUUCAAACCAGACCACGAACUUGACGAAGUCGGUUUGUUUAUGUUAGCUCGCUAGCGAACCAUAACUUGUAUUCCACUAAAAUAGCGAAUAAUAUAGCUAGCUACACUAACAUGUCUCAAGUGACUAGAUUACAAAUAGCAAUGGACGCGGAAGAUAUGGUUGCCCAAUUUAACAGAAAAGAAUUGCGCAAACAGCAGUUGAUAGAGUACUUAGCAGCAAAAGGAAGACUGAAGCCACCAAACCCAAAACCUUAUCUUCGAGAUGCCGUUAAAGCAAAGCAGAUCACCAUGUCUACCGUGAAGGAUGAUCUGGUCCCGGGAAAAGAGAACCAGGGUCCAAAUUCCCUCAAGAUGAAAAAGGGAGCGGUGAAGGUUCAUCCUCUGACGGCCAAAGUCCUUUCCCAAACCACUGGCACCUUCUGCAGUACCACCAACAAACAGCGCUCCACCAACGGUCUCCUCUAUGCAGCAUCGAGUACCGCACGUCUCAACGUGCUCAAAGGCACGACAAAGCCUUCUGCGGUUGCCCCAAGUCACUCAACCAGCCUGAAGACGGCUCCAGCCAGAUUACAAUCCACUGUCCCGACCAAAAGAUGCCCAGGCACCACCAACCAACCCAGAAUCCAGCCUAAUCCAGCUGUUAAAGUCGGCAACACGCGCUCUAGCUCAGCCAAACCCCUGGCAAAUGCUGGUAGAACACGUUCAGCCAACACAACCAGACCAAAGCCAAAUAUUACUGGGAAACCCUCUAACACACUCCGCACAGCCAGCACGCGGCCCGACACAGCCAGCACGCGGCCCGUCACAGCAAGCACGCGGCCCGUCACAGCAAGCACGCGGCCCGUCACAGCCAGCACGCGGCCCGACACAGCCAGCACGCGGCCCGACACAGCCAGCACGCGGCCCGACACAGCCAGCACGCGGCCCGACACAGCCAGCACGCGGCCCGACACAGCCAGCACGCGGCCCGACACAGCCAGCACGCGGCCCAACACAGCUGGCAAUGCCAGAAUGAGUCUGAGCACAAUGGUUAAAACCAAGACAGGCCUUGUGUCUUUCCAGGUGCAGCCUAGAAGCACCACCGUCCCUGCAACAGCAUCAGCCUCCCUCACCCCCCCUGUCUUGAACAGAGCAUGCCCAAGCACCAGCCCAGUCCCAGCUGUGACCCAAAAGCCACCUGUUACUGCUCAGAGGAGAAGGAAUCCCUUCACUGGCGUGAGUGAGACUAACCAGAGGACAACUGCCUCGGCUGUGGACAAUGGGCAAAGGAGGAGCCAAGCUGUGAGCAGGACUGAUUCCAAACCACUCCCAGAGAGAUCCAGUAAACCAGCAGGGCAGAGACAAUCUGUCACUGGACCUAAACCCAUCAUCCAAGGCCCUACUGGUCCUGGGCACAAGACUGCAGCUACAAAGCCAGGUGAUAAAAGGACAACCAAAACCUCUCCCAGAGUUUCCAUCCAAGAGGUUCAGUGUAUUCAGAGGGCUGCAUCACAGCACAGGGCCGAGGCUAGAGGAGCAGGAGCCAGCACUCGGAUAUGGAAGGCUGCCUCUCGAGCCUCCACCGGGAUAACAGGAAACCAAUGGCAGAACACGGCUCUGAGUAGGGCCAUGCAUGCAGCUGUGGCUGCGAUGGGACAGAAAAGCAGCGGCGAGGAAAACCGAGGCAUGGUGGAGAGCGGGUGGGCAGACACUGAUACCAAGAAUGAACCCGAUGCUCCAUUGCCCUCAUCAACAUCUCCGGCGUGUUGGCCUAGGCCUCACAGCAGCACAGUAAAUGGUGUGUGGAUCCCCCAGACGGUGCCUCGCUCUGCCAAAAAGUCCAGCCAUAGCCAGGAGGAGGUGGGGUGGGAGGCUGGUGUUGGCCUUAAGACACCCAGAGAACAGGCCAGGGUCGUGCCCAAGACAGAGGGCCGCAGGAAGAUGACAGCUGCCCAGGAAGAGAGAAUGCAGAAGCUCCAGGAAUGGCGUGAGAACAGGGGCAUCUCCUACAAGCGUCCCCCCAUGCCAGUGAGGCCUCCUCGGGUGCGGAGAACCUUGGCCCUCCCUCAGGCUUACUGGGACGGUAUGGAGGAGGAAGUUGAGGCCAGGUCUCUGGUUGAAGCUGUGGACCGGUGCCUGGCUGACUGCAUCAAGCUGCUGAAUGAGGGCUGCCUGUCCUCCCAGGUGCAGGAGAUGCUGUCCACUGUGCCCAUGGCCGAGAAGUUCUCCAAGUACUGGAUCUGCCAGGCCCGUCUGAUGGAGCGCCAGGGCAACCUGGAGGUGCUGCCGCUGUUUGAAGAGGCUGUGCGAGUGGUGUUAGAGCCAGUGGAUGAGCUGCGGACUGUUGUGUUUGAGAUGCUGAAAAAGAAGGAAGAGACACAAGGUCAGUCUCCCGUAGCAUCGGAGCAGGAGCCUGUAAGAGAGCAGGAUGACGUUAUGGAGCUUCACUCUACACCAGACCCCAUGGCCACACCCACAGCCGUCAAAGCCCUGAUCCGUGGUGACCGAAGAGGCUCGUCUGUGGUCAAGUACAAGAUCACCGCCACUCCAGGUGGUUUCAGGAGCCAGAAGAGGGAGGCGGCUGUGGCCCGCGUGUUGGACGGACAGGAGCUGAGAUUCUUCACCCCCGUCAGGCGCUCAGUGAGGAUCGAGAGGUCUGCGCUCUGCUACCCCGUCUCCCUGCAGGAGCACGACCUAUGUGUGGCCUCCUUCAAUGACCUGAUGGCCCAGCAGGAUGAGAGAGAGGGGGAAGGAGAGAGGGAGGGACACGGAGAGGGGGGAGGCAGCGCCGGGCCCGCCCCAAACGGUCAACUGUACGUGUACAGAGAGAACGGGGCGCUGAGAGACAACGUCAACAUCCAGCUGGUCUACACUGAGGAAGAAGACUAACGGGCUGUGUCCUAGUAGUGUAAAGUGGCUUCCUCUCCUGCUUUACCCUGAUCUACUAGUACAUGAAUGGGGAGGUGCUGGAUAUGAUGUCCACUCACCAUCUGGGAAUGUAGCUUUCACCUGUCCAGUUGUAUGUCCUUCAGUGCAUGGUCACAUUCCUUAGUGGCGAGCUGUAGUAAAACAAACAGUUCUGAAAGACACCUGGGGGAGGAGUUUGUCAAUCUACAUUUUUCUGUACAGAAUUCUGCAGGAAGAGCCUGUCUCUCCAUCUGUCUGUGUUAACAGGGGACAAUGUCUGUCUGGAGGGCAUGCACAGAUGGGUUUCCAACUCGACAGUUACUCAUUUGUAUGUCAAACCAAAAGCAUCCAUUGACUUUUUAGAUGGACGUUUUUUUUUUAAUGCAAACUGUGGUAAGGUUUUUUAGUUUUUUUUUAAGAUUGUACAUACAUUUGAAGUCGGAAGUUUACAUACACUUAGGUUGGAGUCAUUAAAACUUGUUUUUCAACCACCACAAAUGUCUUAUUAACAAA